AGGGAAAGCGGUAAAAAUUGAUUAAUUAGUUGGAACGUCAGCAGUCAUAGUGGCCCGCAAUUUAUUAUUCGAAUCGGAGUGUUUGUCUGGCAUGUCUGAGGAGCGGUGAAUCGGAGCAUUUCAGAAUUCUGUCUCCUUACGGCUUAAUCAGUCUUUCCCCUUUCACGUACCAAAUCUUCGCAACAUUGAUGCUAAGCUAUCAAGCCCUAAGCUUGAUCCCGUUUUUCCGCAGCUCCCGCCACUAACCUCUGUUGCUGACUGCAAGGCAAGCUGGGAUUUCACAGAGAUUUGGGUCAGGACAUACAAUGCAGCGUGCACCAGCGACGAUCGAGGAACAGUUGAUAGUAAAAGCAAUUGCGGACGAAUGCCAGUGGGACAGCCUUCCCAAGCGCCUUCAAUCCACCUUGAAUUCCAAGGAAGAAUGGCAUCGGAGGGUAAUUGAACACUGCAUCAAGAAAAGACUUUUAUGGAACAGUUGUUUUGCUCGCAAAGUGUGCAAAGAAGGUGAAUACUAUGAAGAAAUGAUGCGUUAUCUGAGAAGGAAUCUAGCGCUGUUCCCUUACCAUCUUGCGGAGUAUGUUUGCCGUGUUAUGAGGGUUUCUCCUUUCAAAUAUUACUGUGACAUGAUAUUCGAAGUUAUGAAAAAUGAACAACCCUAUGACAGCAUUCCUAAUUUUAGUGCUGCAGACGCGCUGCGGCUCACAGGGAUAGGAAGAAAUGAAUUCAUUGACAUCAUGAAUAAGUGCAGAUCUAAGAAAAUUAUGUGGAAGCUGAAUAAGUCAAUAGCUAAAGAACUCUUGCCAACAGAACCUGUGGAAUUUGUUAUUGAGCCAUGGUGGGGAGUUUGCCUAGUCAACUUCACUUUGGAAGAAUUCAAGAAACUCUCAGAAGAAGAAACAGCAACCAUUGAUAAGAUCUGUAAGGAGGAAGCAAAUUCAUUCAUCCUUUUUGAUCCUGAAAUUAUUAAGGGUCUAUAUCGCCGGGGACUUGUCUACUUUGAUGUUCCUGUUUAUGCUGAUGAUCGUUUUAAAGUUUCUAGGCUUGAAGGAUUUGUUUCAAACAGGGAGCAGUUAUAUGAAGAUCCAAUUGAGGAGUUGCUUUAUGCUGUGUUUGUGGUGUCAAGUGAGAAUUCAACUGUCGCUGAAUUGGCUACAACUUUACAAGCUGAUAUCUCUCAGCUACAGGCUGCUGCAUCGUUUGCCUGUCGACUGGGAUGGGCAGUAAAGCUUAUUGAUCCUGCAUCUAUUCUUCAAGAAUCAAAUGCUCAUGGAUCUCCAAAAAGUAUACUUGGUGACGAGGAAGAUGGUGCUCAUGCGAAUAUGAGCUCCUCAAAUUUGUCCAGUGAUGGCACUGCUCUCCAACCAGGAGAUAUAUUAUGGACAGAUAAUUCUAAUCCUGCUGCUGAUUGUUCUCGUGUAGCUUUUGUCGUCGAUGCUAAUAUUACAUCUUAUCUUAUGAUGGGAUCUGUUUCACCAGGUCUGAAAUCUCAUGCUGUCACACUGUAUGAAGCUGGGAAACUAGGUCAUGCAAGCAUGGCAGAUCUUUGCAGAGAUCUUGUUACUCUAGAGAGUGCCAAAUUUGAAGGAGAGUUACAGGAAUUUGCUAAUCAUGCUUUCAGCCUCAGGUGUAUCCUGGAGUGCCUAACUUCAGGAGGUAUUGUUGCUGAUGGAAGAGAAAACAUUGGGUCUAUAUCAUUGAGCAAAGAGGAGGCCACUUCAUUCACAACUGAUGUUUGCUAUGGUGACAAGUCUACAGAUUCUGGUAUGAAUAGAUCUGAGUUAAAUAUGGAGGACCAUGAGGCAUUGAUGAUGCUAGACGGUAAUGUUUCUGCUGAGCCUUCAACUGAGAGGACUAUUGAUGAAAAUUUCUCGGCUACCUUAUCUGAAGAAUCCAAUUCCUAUGCUGAGGAUUCUAAAUUAGGCCUUAGUUCCAAGAAUAAUGAAAAAUCACAUUGUGUUGAAGGUGUGGGUACAGGAAAAGAGAUAAAGAAACGAAGGAAGUACAGGGUAGAUAUUCUUCGCUGUGAAAGCUUGGCUGCUCUAGCUCCAGCUACCUUGGAUCGUCUAUUUCACCGUGACUAUGAUAUUAUCAUGUCCAUGAUCCCACUUCCUCACUCUUCUGUUUUGCCUGGACCCAAGGGUCCCAUUCAUUUUGGUCCUCCAUCUCAUUCUUCUAUGACUUCCUGGAUGAAGUUGGUGCUGUAUUCUGCUCUCUCCAGUGGACCUCUUUCAGUUGUUCUGAUGAAAGGUCAAUGUUUAAGGUUGCUUCCUGCACCAUUAGCUGGUUGUGAGAAGGCUCUAGUAUGGUCAUGGGAUGGAUCUACAAUUGGAGGUUUGGGAGGAAAACUUGAAGGAAAUUUAGUUAAAGGAAGCAUACUCUUACAUUGUUUGAAUUCUCUUCUUAAGUGCACUGCUGUGCUGGUUCAACCUCUAAGCAGAUAUGACCUUGAUGAUGGUGGAAAAGUUGUAACCCUAGAUGUUCCGUUGCCGUUGAAGAACAGUGAUGGUUCAAUGGCUAGUAUUGGGGAGGAAUUGGGACUAUGUAGAGAGGAAAGUUUGAAGUUAAAUACACUGUUGCAUAAUAUUUCAAACAAAAUAAAUUUGUGGACUAUGGGUUAUAUUCGCCUUCUAAGGCUGUUUAAAGAGGGAGAAUCUGAAAACUUCUCAGUUGAUACUGAGAAGUAUGAAUGGGUUCCACUGAGUGCAGAAUUUGGUAUUCCACUUUUUAGUCCCAAAUUGUGCAACAAUAUAUGCAAAAGAGUGGUAUCCUCAAAGUUACUUCAAACAGACUUACAAAAGGAGCAUCAUGAAGCAAUGCAAGACUUAAGAACCAGGUUACGUGAUGUUUGUGCAGAGUACCAAGCAACAGGCCCUACUGCAAAACUUCUUUACCAGAAAGAGCACCAGAAGGAAAAGGAUUCAUCUCGAGAACUUAUGACUUAUGCAAGUGGAAGAUGGAACCCGCUAUCUGAUCCUUCUUCUCCUAUAUCAGGAGCCUUAAGCGAGAACCAAAGAUUAAAACUUGCUAACAGGCAACGUUGUCGGACUGAAGUUCUGAGCUUUGAUGGUAAUAUCCUAAGAUCAUACGCUUUGAGUCCAGUCUAUGAGGCUACCACAAGGCCUAUUGAAGAUUCUGUCUCUAUUGGCACUGCAAAAGGUGAAUCAGAAGAUGGUGACAGCAAAGAAGUAAUUCUUCCUGGAGUGAAUCUUCUUUUUGAUGGGUCUGAAUUGCAUCCUUUUGAGAUUGGUGCUUGCCUCCAGGCUCGUCAACCUGUGUCCUUGAUAGCAGAGGCCUCAGCUGCAUCGGCGUCUUUGGCAGUGAAACAAAAAGUUUAAAGUUAAAUUUCUCGUAACUUUGAAGCUUGUCUCCUUGAAUUCAUCUGUUAUACAGAAUGUGGAGCAUAUUGGUAUUCAGAGUCACUAAUCCAUUGGUACUGCUCAUCUAACUAUGAGAGCACAAGACAUUGCAGUUUUUGAGCAUUUGUCAUUCUUGGACGCACUCUGGAUUUGCACGGCCUUGUUUGUUUCGUAGAAGGGAACACUGUUUUGAUCGAGCUCCACAAUUUCAAUGUGUGCCAUGUCUACAGUGAUUCAUUUCUAGUAUUAAGUAAAAUAAAUUUGCACUGUGCAAGACAUGUCGAUGAACUUUUUUUGUAUACAAAUUUCUCAGCCUACACAUUAAUAGAGACAGACCACCACAUAUGUGACAUUUGACAUUGUGCAUAGCAUAUUGGAUCCCUGUCUGGGGUCUAAAAACCCAUGUUUGAAAGGGGUUCUGAGAGGGAAAACCGCGGUUCUUAUGAGAUUCUUAUCUGCAUCUGGCUAUAUUCUGUUACGGUAUUGUUAGCUCGGUUAGCAUAGCAGGUUGUGGACAUACAUUCAGAUGUAAAACAAUUUUGUUCAGUGGUUAUGGCAGUCGUUCUCUACUUAAGGGUUAAAUACAAAUAUAAAAUA